CAUUGUGGUUAUCAAGAAUUUUGAAAAUCCAAAACAAAUAUCAAGAUAAGAUAAGACAAGACAAGCUAAGCUAAGAUAAGAACUCUUAUCAUGGUUAUCACCUCAUGAGACAGUGCCAAUUGUGUUUCUGUAUCCUGUAGAAUUUUUUCCAAAAAUCCUGACAUAACUUUUAAAUAACAUCUCAAAUGUGUCAUUACACAUGGAACUUCCUGGGAACUAACUGGAACAAUUUUAGCCCUACCUUCACUUCUCACUUCCCCUUACAGGAGUAUUUUUGAGACAAAGGCGCAAUUAUAUUUAUUGAAGGAGUCAUUCCUUCAAGAGCAUAAGAAAUGGCUGAUAAAUCAGUGAAAUUUGACCUGUUCAGUCUCACACAGGAGAACCAUGGCACUGUCCUCAGGGUGGAUCUGUUCACUGGCUGCAUUCAUGUUUCUAGGACCUUUUGUAGCACAUGUGCACAGCGGAAACACAGAGACGUACCUCGCGAGCGUCGGCCACCUCUUCCCGCUGAGGUGCCACAUUUCUUAUGCUCACACCAAUGUGACUUGGAGCAAAGCAGGGAGAGGUGACAAGAGCCUCCCCAGUGGAGUGGAGGUCAAGGACGGACUAAUGUGGUUUCUACCUGUACAACUUUCCCACAAUGGGACCUACAUCUGUGAGAAAAGAGGCGAGAAUAGAUCGGUGGCGAUGGAGUUUGGACUGUUAGUCUCCACAGGAGACUGUCCGGACGCAGCUGAGAAUAUAACAGUUCCUCUGGGAGUCAGAGGAGGUUUGCCUUGUAAACAAAAUGAGAUCUUCAGACUCAACGCAACAAGGAGCAUACGAUGGAUGAAGGACUGCCACCAGGUAGAGCUCCUCUCUUUGCAAGACAACGGGUACAUGAGGCUUCCUGCAGUCAAGGAAAACGAUGCUGGAAAAUACACCUGCCUCAUAGACAUCAGUUUGGAUGGCAGGACGUACACCGCAGCCCGCAGCAUCCAGCUGACAGUUAGCAAUGUUGAAGACAUGAUAUACGUUGAACCUCAGCUGGUUUUCCCUCGUGACCAGGUGGUCAUGGUUGAAGUUGGUCAGAAGGCCGAGCUCAGGUGUUUGGCUUACAUCGGCUUCAGUAAGGAUCAGGGAAUCCUCAUGUACUGGACCGUGGAGGGAAACUACAUUGAGGAUUACGAAGAACUGGAAGAGUUCUGCGAAUAUAAGUACAAGAGAGGCAGGGUGUAUGUCAUGUCCACUCUGUCCAUCUCUAAAGUACACAGUGUCUUCUUGAAUGUCCCAAUUCACUGCAACGUAAACAGCCCAGCAGGACAAAAUGUUGGAUUAGUGGUGCUUAAGGAAGCUGACCACAGCAGCUUCAGUAUCACUCUAUCAAUCUGCCUUGUCACUUUGCUGACGCUUCUGAUACUGGCUGUGGUCUAUCUCUUCUUCAAGGAGGAUGUGCUGUUGACUUACAGAAAUAUGGCCAACCAUUUAUCAAGACCUGCCCCUGAUGGAAAGCUCUACGAUGGCUACGUGGCCUUUCUUUCCGAGAACCAAAGAUCGGCAGAGUCAGCAAACUUUGCUCUGCAGAUCCUGCCACGCGAGCUUGAGGUGAAACACGGCUACUCCUUGUUUAUCAGAGGACGAGAUGACUGCCCUGGUGAAGCUUUUCACGACAUCAUCUCUGAUACUGUGACCCAGUGCAGCAGACUGAUUAUUGUUCUGUCCCAGUCCUCGGCUGACAGCCAAUCAGAGGAGGGACCAUCCUUACACGCCGACCAAGGACAGCUGUCCUAUGAACAGAAAAUUGGAAUUCAUGACGCUUUGACUCGGAACGAACCUCAAGUGAUUUUGGUGGAAAUAGAUGGUCCGGUGGAUUAUGGUCGUCUGCCAGAGUCUCUUCACUACAUCAAGAGAAAACAGGGAGCCCUCAUGUGGGAAACAGGCUUUUUGGGAACAAACAAACCUACAAAACUGUACUCAAAAAGAAGGUUUUGGAAGAAGCUACAGUACCACAUGCCUUCAGUGCCUGUGAAAAGCCUGCACACUGGCAUAUGAAACAAGUCUGUUUGGCUCAGAAAGCCUAUUGCUCUUUGUUACAUGACAAACUUUGGGGCGGCUGCCUGCAUACUCAGGUCCUGAGGCAAGAUUGAGUAACACUCAACUGCAAUUAAAUCAACAAUAACAAAUGACUGUAUGUUCUACACACUGCCAACAGCAGUGAUUCAAAUUUGGGUGCAAUCAAAAGAAACAACAAUUACUGGCUUAUUCCGUCAUCGGACCUUACAGAACAAAACUGUAAAAGUACAUAUUAAGUCUAUAUGGGAGGGGUCUGAGACUAGAACCCUGAGGGAUCCCUCAUGUCAAAGCCAUUCAGUUAGAUUCAUCAUUUCCACAAAGUAACUCAUAAAUAAAGACAAGACUUUGUUAGUGGAUGUCAAAAUGAAUUUUGAAGUUUGACUCUGACCUGAUGGUUACAGUGUUCCCCCCUGGUGUUUUCUGUCACCUCAAGGUUAUAACCUGGUUUUAACCUUGAGGUGACAGAAAACACCUCAAGGUUUUCUUUGUACAUGGUGUGGUUUUAAUGGGAACCGCAGCAUACAUAACAUUUGAGAUUCUUCUCAUUUAAUGGACCUUUUUUGGAAGUUGAUUAGAAAGCAAAGUGAUUUCCAUCAAUAAAAAAAAAAAAGUCAACAUCCUUAGAGAUAACCAAACCUGGUGUGAGUCCUUUAGCAUGUGUUAUGACAAAUUUAUAUUCUGUGUUAUUAUUCACCAUUUGACUUGUACUGAACCUCAGGUAGGGAAAUCCACUCAUUAUUGUUUCUCUGGCUCCUAAAAGGCUUUGAAAAGUGUAUCCACAUAAUCCCUGUUUCUGAGUUCCUGUAACACCAGAUAAUCUCACAGGUAGCGAUUGUACUGAGGCCAACGUGCACUCAUAUUCUUGUAUGCACACACAAACAUAUCCAGCACACUAUGCACUUGCCUGCAAACUGGUACUCUCGUACAGACCAUUGCCUGUGUUGCUCUCUGUAAGACCUGCGCCCCGGAGCUUCAUUAAAGCUUCGACAACAACUUUCGCGUUAAUACUUUAAUAACUUUGUGGUAACAGUGUCAUUAAUUAGUUAAAAUAAAUAAAGUAUUUAUUAUGAAUAAUUAAUAAAGGUAUAAAUGACUGUACCUUUUGCUAUUAACAUGUGCUGCAUGCACGAAAUGUUCUAGCACCAGAAACCACUAAAAGAUAAUCACUUCCUUUCGACAUGUUUCCUGUUCAAAGUUAAAGAGCAGAUUAUAUCACUGGUCUCAUUUAUCUCAUGUACCAUGACAUCCUGCAGCGUCUUCAAAAACAGCAGUUUUGGACAUGUUUAGUCCAUUUCAAACCUUAGAGCAUUUUUUUACGAAAAAAAAAAACAAAAAGUUGCCACUGUGUUCCUUUUGUGAUUUUAAAAAUUUGCAAUAACCUAUUAAUGAUGUGUCAUUGUUUCGUUUUAUAUGUCAUUUUUUGCCAU